AUGGAUAAAAGGGGCUUAUCAACGCCAUCAAGGCAAAAGGGCAUCGCAGAAGAAGUGGAUAAAAAAAGGAAGGCUCCUUUAAUUCAAGUGCAGAAGGACAUGUUAAUUGAGUUUAUGGCGUGCAACCCGCAGCUGGAAAGUGGCAAGUUUACAAGCCAGUUCACAUUUAAAAAAGCGCAACAGUUAUGCGAAAAAAUCAGUGGACAAGUGAAUGCUGUUGCGAGAGGCGCAAAUAAGGACUGGCGUCAGUGGAGAAAGGUACUGAAGCAGAAUUAUUAUCAUGCGCCCAGAGAUAAAAUAAUACUUUUCGUGGUUGAUAAACUGAAAAAAUGCCAGGAAGUUUUGAAUAUACGUUUAAAAUAUAAAUUAAAGUACAGUGACAUCGAGCUGCCUACUGAAAUAAAUAAAACAGAUGGAUAUCACAGACAAUGUUAUGGAAGUUUUACAGCUUUAAUGGCAAAAUACCGUGAUCCAUCGACUGAAAUAGAUAGUACCAGUAAAUCCACUCCGCAUACUUUGCCAUCAAAUACUGCUGCAAAUGUUAGUGAAACUAUUGCUGAAAACACAACUGAAACGUUAAACAGUGAAAUCAAAAGUGAGGUUACUGCUUCGAGUUUAAUUCAUCACACAACAUCAGAUGAUCUUGAACUGAUUUUAAAUAAAGAAAUAAUACCGGAAGAUGCUGUUCAAAAUUUAAAUAAUCAAUGUAUGUCAGGACAUCCUAACCCAAGUUUUAACAGUGAGGUACUUUCGGAAGAUGAAGCUUCAAGUUUAGAUAAUCAGAGAAUGCUAGGAGAUACUGCUUCCAGAAGAUUUAUCACCAACAACACUAUCACAAAAAAGAAGGCGAUCGUUAAAAGACUCACUCCCGACAUUAUUCCUUAUGGUAAACGAUUAAAGAUGGCAGGUCGCUUAAUACCGGUUGAAAUUGAUCAAUCAUCAUCAUCACCUACAAAUUUUUCUUUUUUACAAACCAUUGAUCUGUUACAUUUGCUAUCAUAUGUUUUUCAAGUGCCAAAUACACCAUCUUGGACAGGAUUUAAUAGCAGAAUGAUAGAAGACAAUACUCCAAAACAAAAAGUAUCAUAUCUUACUCCCAUUAAUUUAUCACCAACAAAUGUAUCAGUGGUCGCGUUCACACUGGAGCAAGCCCAAAAAGUUGCAACAGAAGGUCUCAAGUUUAGUAAUCUUUUCAUACAUCUUGGAUCGUUUCAUUUAAUGAUGGCUUUUUUUAAAGCUGUCGGUACUUUUAUCGAUGAGUGCGGAUUGUCUCACAUGAUGAUUGAGAGUAAAAUCAUCGCUUCGGGGUCUGUAAAUGGAAUAAUUGACGGUAAACACUUUAAUCGUUGCAAACGUCUGCAUCCGUUAAUGGCAUUAGGCUUACAGAUGUUACAUUUUGAUGCUAAUGCUGGAUAUGAUUUUGUGAAAGGACAAAUUUACGAAGAUCUUUUAGAAUAUCAGGACAAAAAAAUUUCGUUCUCAUCAUUAACGGACACUGAUGUAUUACCAAAUCAAAUGUUAUCGCAACUGCUCAAUUCCUACAAAAGAUACGUAGCAAAGACCAGACAAGCAGAAUUACAACCAAAUAGAAUUAAAAUCUAUGGAAAACAAAUUGCUGAUUUCAUUGAAAUUCUCGAAAAAAAUUGCAAUCCAUUUGAUCCAAAAUUAGAUAAAGAAAAUCUCUACAACAUUUCUACUUCAAAGCCUGCUUCUCCUGACGUUGCUGAUUUUUUACUAAAUAUUGAAGAGAAUAGUGAGACUUUAAGGAACCAAUUUAUCAGUGAAUGCGUUGAAGAUGAAAAUAGAUUUGAUAAACCAAUAAAAAAAAAUAAAGUUUUUAAUUUUGCUGAGGUGCCAAAGAAAAAGAAAUUGAGGAAAUAA